AGAGUUCUCCAUAACAUUUACCCUGUACCCUCUGGAACUGACAUUGCAAAUACUUUGAAAUACUUUUCUCAGACGUUGUUGAGCAUUUUGUCCCGCACAGGGAAGAAGGAGAAUCAAGAUGCCUCCAAUUUGACAGUGCCCAUGACCAUGUGUCUUUUUCCUGUGCCAUUCCCACUCACCCCAUCUCUAAGACCACAGGUCAGUUCCAUCAACCCUACUGUUACUCGCUCCCUCCUUUACAGCGUCCUGCGAGAUGCUCCAUCUGAACGUGGCCAGCAAAGUCGUGAUGCUCAGUUAUCAGACUACCCAUCUUUGGACUAUCAAGGACUUUACGUGACACUGGUGACACUGCUGGAUCUAGUUCCCUUGCUACAACAUGGUCAACAUGAUCUUGGGCAAUCAAUUUUUUACACUACUACAUGCUUACUUCCUUUUCUCAAUGAUGAUAUUUUGAGUACUUUACCUUAUACAAUGAUUUCAACAUUAGCUACUUUUCCUCCAUUUCUACACAAGGAUAUAAUAGAGUAUCUCAGCACGUCUUUUCUGCCUAUGGCUAUAUUGGGAUCCUCAAAAAGGGAAGGUGUUCCAGCUCAUGUCAAUCUGUCUGCAUCAUCAAUGCUAAUGAUUGCAAUGCAGUACACAUCAAACCCAGUGUAUCACUGCCAGUUGUUGGAAUGCCUCAUGAAAUAUAAGCAAGAAGUAUGGAAAGAUCUGUUGUAUGUAAUAGCCUAUGGCCCAUCUCAAGUUAAACCUCCAGCUGUACAAAUGUUGUUUCACUACUGGCCCAAUUUAAAACCCCCUGGGGCAAUCAGCGAGUACAGAGGCCUUCAGUACACAGCCUGGAAUCCUAUUCACUGCCAGCACAUUGAGUGCCAUAAUGCAAUUAACAAACCAGCUGUAAAGAUGUGCAUUGACCCUUCCUUGUCUGUGGCCUUGGGUGAUAAACCCCCUCCCCUGUAUCUUUGUGAAGAAUGUAGCCAGAGAAUUGCAGGGGAUCACAGUGAAUGGUUGAUUGAUGUUCUUCUGCCACAAGCUGAAAUUUCUGCUAUAUGUCAGAAGAAGAACUGUAGCUCACAUGUCAGGAGGGCUGUUGUCACCUGCUUCUCAGCAGGCUGCUGUGGCCGCCAUGGCAACAGGCCGGUUCGCUACUGCAAAAGAUGCCAUUCGAACCACCACAGCAGUGAAGUUGGGGCAGCAGCAGAAACUCAUCUUUACCAGACCUCCCCACCCCCUAUCAAUACCCGGGAGUGCGGGGCAGAGGAGCUCGUGUGUACCGUAGAAGCUGUCAUCAGCUUGCUGAAGGAAGCAGAGUUCCAUGCUGAGCAGAGGGAGCAUGAACUGAACCGCAGGAGGCAGAUGGGCCUCUCUUCUUCCCAUCACUCCUUGGACAACACAGACUUUGAUAAUAAAGAUGAUGACAAGCAUGAUCAACGCCUUCUGAGCCAGUUUGGAAUCUGGUUCUUGGUGAGCCUUUGUACUCCCAGUGAAAAUACACCCACAGAGAGUUUAGCAAGGCUGGUUAGUAUGGUCUUCCAGUGGUUUCAUUCUACAGCUUAUAUGAUGGAUGAUGAAGUUGGUAGCCUGGUUGAAAAGCUUAAACCCCAGUUUGUUACCAAGUGGUUGAAGACAGUUUGUGAUGUCCGGUUUGAUGUCAUGGUUAUGUGCCUCCUUCCCAAACCAAUGGAGUUUGCCAGGGUUGGUGGAUACUGGGACAAAUCGUGUAGUGCUGUGACCCAGUUAAAAGAAGGUCUGAAUCGAAUCCUUUGCUUGAUUCCGUACAAUGUGAUAAGCCAGCCAGUAUGGGAGUGUAUUAUGCCAGAGUGGUUGGAAGCUAUAAGGACAGAAGUGCCUGAUAAUCAACUGAAAGAGUUCCGGGAAGUGCUCAGCAAAAUGUUUGAUAUUGAACUUUGUCCUCUCCCUUUUUCUAUGGAAGAGAUGUUUGGCUUCAUUAGUUGUCGAUUCACAGGUUAUCCAUCCUCUGUGCAAGAGCAAGCACUGCUUUGGCUGCAUGUGCUCUCUGAACUAGACAUUGUUGUCCCUCUUCAGUUACUAAUCAGCAUGUUUUCUGAUGGAGUUAAUUCUGUAAAAGAGUUAGCAAAUCAAAGAAAAUCAAGAGUCAGUGAAUUGUCAGGAAAUCUGGCAGCUCGGAGGGUAAGCGUUGCUUCUGACCCUGGACGCAGAGUCCAGCACAACAUGCUGAGUCCUUUCCCAAGCCCUUUCCAGAGCCCGUUUCGCAGUCCGUUACGUAGUCCUUUUCACAGCCCGUUCAAAAACUUUGGACACCCCAGUGGAAAGACUAUUGACUUUGACUGUGAGGAUGAUGAAAUGAAUCUUAAUUGCUUCAUACUUAUGUUUGAUCUCAUCUUGAAGCAGAUGGAACUCCAAGAUGAUGGUGUCACUUUGGGCUUAGAGAAUAGUAUUUCAAAAGAUAUAAUUUCCAUCAUAAACAAUGUGCUGCAGGCACCCUGGGGUGGUUCCCACACCUGUCAAAAAGAUGAAAAAGCAGUUGAAUGUGGUCUGUGUCAGUCCAGUAUACUGUGUUACCAGCUGGGUUUUGAGCUGCUGGAACAGCUUGCUCCAAAAGAAGAAAUCAGACUUGUGGAGCCCACAGAUAACCUUGAGGAUAGUCUUCUGUAUACUAGACCUGAGUUUAUUAUAGGAACUGAAGGAGAAGAGGAAGAUAAAUCAGCACCAAAACAUGGAGAAAACCCAGGAAAUCACACAGAGACCACAGAAAAUACUGCUAUAAAAAAUGACACGGAAAGAAAAUUUUGUUAUCAGCAGCUCCCAGUUACCUUGAAGCUUAUAUAUACUAUACUGCAGGAAAUGUCAAGAUUUGAAGAGCCAGACAUUCUUUUUAAUAUGCUGAACUGCCUGAAGAUCCUGUGUCUUCAUGGAGAAUGCUUGUAUAUAGCAAGAAAGGACCAUCCACAAUUUCUAGCCUAUAUUCAGAAUCAUAUGCUGAUUGCAAGCUUGUGGGGAGUUGUGAAGUCUGAGUUCUCUCAGCUUUCUUCCCUGGCAGUUCCACUUCUUCUCCAUGCACUUUCACUUCCCCAUGGAGCUGACAUUUUCUGGACAAUCAUAAACAGCAAUUUCAACAGCAAAGAUUGGAAGAUGAGAUUUGAAGCAGUGGAGAAGGUGGCUGUGUUGUGCAGGUUUUUGGAUAUUCACUCUGUGACAAAAAACCACCUACUGAAGUAUUCUUUGGCUCAUGCAUUCUGCUGUUUCCUGACUGCUGUGGAAGAUGUCAACCCAGCAGUAGCUACAAGAGCUGGACUACUACUAGACACCAUAAAGAGGCCUGCCUUACAGGGUCUCUGCCUCUGCCUUGAUUUCCAGUUUGACACAGUUGUUAAGGACAGGCCCACAAUUCUUAGUAAGCUUUUGCUACUUCAUUUUCUAAAGGCAGACAUCCCAGCUUUGAGCUGGGAGUUCUUUGUGAAUCGCUUUGAGACCCUGUCUCUGGAAGCACAGCUUCAUCUGGACUGCAACAAAGAAUUCCCUUUCCCAACAACUAUCACUGCUGUCCGGACAAAUGUCGCCAACCUCAGUGAUGCAGCAAUGUGGAAGAUCAAGAGGGCUCGUUUCGCACGUAAUCGUCAGAAGAGUGUGCGUUCCCUGAGGGACAGUGUGAAGGGACCAGUGGAGUCAAAGAGAGCGCUCUCCCUUCCAGAAACCUUAACCACCAAAAUUCGCCAACCCUCCCCAGAGAAUGAUAAUACAGUAAAGGAUCUGCUGCCGGAAGAUGCUGGGAUUGAUCACCAGACGGUCCACCAGCUGAUCACCGUGCUCAUGAAGUUCAUGGCGAAGGAUGAGAGCAGCGCCGAGUCCGACAUCAGCAGCGCCAAGGCCUUCAACACGUCAACGUGCUUUAAUGCCUUUAUCGCCGGAAUAGCACAAGUGAUGGACUAUAACAUCAACCUUGGAAAGCACCUUCUUCCCUUGGUGGUGCAGGUGUUGAAAUACUGCACUUGCCCUCAGCUAAGGCAUUACUUUCAGCAGCCUCCUCGCUGCUCCCUUUGGCCCCUCAAGCCUCACAUUCGGCAGAUGUGGUUAAAGGCUUUACUUGUCAUUCUAUAUAAGUACCCCUACAGAGACUGUGAAAUCAGCAAGAUUGUACUUCACCUAAUCCACAUCACAGUCAAUACCCUCAAUGCUCAGUAUCACAGCUGCAAGCCCCAUGCAACUGCUGGCCCUUUGUAUAGUGACAACAGUAACAUAAGCCGAUACAGUGAAAAGGAAAAAGCAGAGGAAGACAGUGUUUUUGAUGAAUCUGAUAUUCAUGAUACACCAACCGGACCUUGCAAUAAAGAGUCUCAAACUUUCUUUGCAAGACUGAAAAGAAUUGGUGGGAGCAAAAUGGUGAAAUAUCAACCAGUUGAGAUGAAUGCUCAGAGAAGUGAAAUAGAGCUGGCUGAAUAUAGAGAGACGGGGGCCUUACAAGACAGUAUUCUGCGGUGCGUGAGAGAAGAAAGCAUACAGAAAAAAAAACUGCGCUCUCUAAAACAAAAAUCUCUUGAUAUAGGGAAUGCAGACUCCCUGUUGUUUACAUUAGAUGAACAUCGUAGGAAGUCCUGCAUAGACCGAUGUGACUUAGAAAAACCACCUGUCCCUGCUGCAUACACCAUGCACAGACAGAAUGAUUAUGGACGACCUCGGCAGAACUCUUCCACCAAAGCUGAAAAUGCAGAAACACAGGAAACACCCCCCCCUACAGAGUGCUUUCAGGAAAUAAGACGACCUGUCAUACCAGAAGUCAGGUUAAAUUGCAUGGAAACCUAUGAAGUGAAAGUGGAUUCUCCUGUUAAACCUUCUGGUCCCAAAGAGGAUUUGGAUCUGAUAGAUUUGUCCUCUGACUCAACAUCAGGUCCUGAAAAGCAUUCAGUGCUCUCUACUUCAGACAGUGAUUCUCUAGUCUUUGAACCACUUCCUCCCCUCAGAAUAGUGGAGAGUGAUGAAGAAGAUGCAACAAACCAGUUAAACGAGGAGGUCUCUGGCAAAACUGCUGUGUCGUCACCCUCAACUCCGAUAAACGCGUCUGCGCUCAGCCUCAGCACAACUCCUCUGGUCCAGUUCAGCAUUGAAGAUUGCUCCAAAGACUUUGGUUCCAAGGAUGCAAGCAGCAGUGCUUCCACAGGAAAAGAGGACAGCCUUUCCACUUCUCCCAGAGGUCAAAAGGACUCUUCAGAUUUAGCUAAGCCAGGGGAACUUCAGGAUGUGUCCUGUGGGAACUCACUAACACUGAAACAGAAAAGGGACCUGCUGCAGAAGUCAUUCGCCCUCCCAGAAAUGUCCCUUGAUGAUAACUCUGAAUUCAGCGUGGAGGAAAUUAGACCUAGUGGAGCAAUGCCAAGCCCAAAUGUCAAAACUGUCCUUAUUAAAGUUCCUGAGGAUUCCGAAAACCAAAUAGAAAGUGACAAACUUGACACCAAUGCAGAGUCUGACACUGAACAAAACAUGGAGCAGAAACAGGAAGAGGAGGCUGAGGAGUCUGAAUUUAAGAUUCAGAUUGUUCCCCGCCAGAGGAAGCAGAGGAAGAUUGCUGUGAGUGCUAUUCAGAGAGAAUACUUGGACAUUUCCUUUAACAUCCUAGAUAAGCUGGGAGAGCAGAAGGAGGCAGAUCCUGCUGCAAAAGGACUUUCCACUCUGGAAAUGCCCAGAGAGUCAUCCUCUGCACCAACCCUUGAAGCAGGAGUGCCAGAGACAAGUAGUCACUCUUCCAUAUCAACUCAGUUCAGACAAAUGAAAAGAGGCUCUUUGGGAGCUCUGACAAUGAACCAGCUAAUGAAGAGACAGCUGGAACACCAGUCUAGUGCUCCCCACAAUAUCAGCACUUGGGAUACUGAGCAGAUACAGCACGGGAAGCGGCUCUGCAAUGUCCCUGUUUGCCUAAACCCUGACCUGGAGGGACCCCCACUGAGAAUCAGAGGUGCAACAAAAUCCAGCUUGCUCUCAGCACCCAGUAUAGUCAGUAUGUUUGUACCUGCACCAGAAGAAUUUGCUGAUGACCAGCCCACUGUGAUGACUGACAAGUGCCAUGACUGUGGGGCUGUCCUUGAAGAAUAUGAUGAAGAAACACUAGGCCUGGCCAUAGUUGUGCUUUCAACAUUCAUUCACCUUAGUCCAGACUUAGCUGCACCUCUACUGUUAGACAUCAUGCAAUCUGUUGGAAGGUUGGCAUCAAGUACCAGUUUUUCUAAUCAAGCAGAAAGCAUGAUGAUUCCUGGAAAUGCUGCAGGUGUGGCCAAGCAGUUCCUCCGCUGUGUGUUCCAUCAGUUGGCCCCCAAUGGCAUAUUCCCCCAGCUCUUCCAGAGCAAUAUUAAAGAUGGAAGUUUUUUACGGACCCUGGCCACAUCUCUCAUGGACUUCAGUGAGCUGAGUUCCAUUGCUGCUCUGAGCCAGCUACUAGAGGGUUUAAAUAACAAAAAGAACUUACCAGCAGGGGGUGCAAUGCUCCGAUGUUUGGAAAAUAUUGCUACGUUUAUGGAAGCCCUGCCAAUGGAUUCACCUAGCAACCUCUGGACCACAAUUAGUAAUCAGUUUCAGACUUUCCUUACCAAACUCCCUUGUGUUUUGCCACUUAAGUGUUCUUUAGAUUCUAGCUUAAGAAUCAUGAUUUGCUUGUUGAAGAUACCAACCACUAGUGCCACCAGGAGUCUUCUGGAGCCAUUUUCAAAAUUGCUAAGCUUUGUAAUUCAAAAUGCUAUCUUUACUCUGGCCUAUCUGGUAGAACUGUGUGGUUUGUGCUACCGAGCCUUCACUAAGGAAAGAGAUAAAUUCUACCUGACCCGCAGUGUCAUCUUGGAGUUACUACAGGCACUCAAGUUAAAGUCACCGUUACCAGACAUGAAUCUACUGCUGUUGGUGCAGUUUGUUUGUGCAGAUGCUGGAACAAAACUGGCUGAAUCAACAAUCUUGCAUAAGCAGAUGAUCGCCUCUCUGCCUGGGUGUGGAACAGCAGCAAUGGAAUGCAUGAGGCAAUAUGUUGGGGAAGUGCUGGAUUUCAUUGCAGAUAUGCAUACCUUAACCAAAUUAAAGAGUCACAUGAAGACGUGUUCACAGCCACUGCAUGAAGACACGUUUGGUGGGCAUCUGAAAGUUGGUUUAGCUCAGCUUGCUGCUAUGGAAAUUACACGAGGAAACCACAGAGACAACAAAGCUGUGAUACGAUAUUUGCCUUGGCUGUACCAUCCUCCUUCUGCAAUGCAACAAGGGCCCAAAGAGUUCAUAGAAUGUGUCUCACAUAUUCGUUUGCUGUCGUGGCUGCUCCUGGGGUCUUUGACACACAAUGUUGUCUGUCCAAAUUCUCCAUCAUCUUGCAUGCCUAUUCCCCUGGAUGCAGGCUCACAAAUUGCAGACCACCUUAUUGUUAUUCUGAUUGGGUUUCCAGAGCAAUCAAAGACAUCUGUUCUGCACAUGUGUUCCCUCUUCCAUGCUUUUAUAUUUGCCCAGCUCUGGACAGUGUAUUGUGAACAAACAGCAGUAGCUCCAACAGUUCAGAAUCAGAAUGAAUUCAGUUUUACAGCAAUCCUUACAGCACUGGAGUUCUGGAGCCGAGUGACACCUAGUAUCCUUCAGUUAAUGGCACACAACAAAGUGAUGGUAGAAAUGGUGUGUCUGCAUGUGAUUAGUUUAAUGGAGGCUUUACAGGAAUGCAAUUCUACUAUAUUUGUUAAGCUCAUACCAAUGUGGUUGCCAAUGAUACAGUCAAAUCUAAAGCAUUUAUCUGCUGGGCUCCAACUACGCCUUCAAGCCAUUCAGAGUAAUGUCAACCAUCACAGCCUAAGGAUGUUACAGGGGUCAGGACAAAUGAGCAACAGCUCCUCUGUGCUCCGCAAAUGGCUACAGUGCACUCAGUUUAAAAUGGCUCAAGUGGAAAUUCAAUCGUCAGAGGCUGCAUCUCAGUUUUAUCCUUUAUGAUUCAUGUAAAUUUUUUCCACAUGUGUAUUUUUAGUGUAGCAAUAACAGGGUUAAAGCUAUAAAACAGAAGUCCACUUUUGUAUAAAUCAGUAUACAGAAUAUAUACUGUAUCUAUACUUUUUAGCUUAGGACAAAUUGUGUAAAAGCUUAUAAUGGGUGAAUUAAGAACCUGAUCCUGCCAGUCCUUAAUUACACUUAUUCAUUUUUGCUCAAAUGAGCAGAGUCAUUUGAUCGGGUCCUUAAGUCUGUAUUCAUGGUCAAGUAUUUGCAGGAUUGGACUCAAAUCUUUCAUGUUGUAGAUAUCCUUCUGCCCAUUGAAAUAUCUGAUUCUUAAAUGUUUAUUUACAUUAUUU